ACUUCACGUGUAGCCGGCACAAGAGACACAGUAGGCGCUAUAUAAAGUCGAGCUCCAGUCAAGUGUAGCCUUCAUUCGGCGCUAUACCGUUCGCCGGGAGACUCAGACACACAACGUUGUUUCUACUUCACGCAUACAGUACCCACUUAUACGCACACAUAUUCGAUAUGCGGUGGAUAAUGCUCGUUUUGGCCCUGGUGGCAGCCGUUAGCUGUCACCCGCCCGAAGUACAGUACUCCUGGGACAAGAUCGAUUAUAACUUCCCGAAUGAAUCAAUGAGACAGGCCUACACGAGCCGCGGCGAUUUCAUCCCAGCCAACAACUUGCCGGUCGGCGUUGCUACAUGGAAGGACAAAAUGUUUGUCACGGUGGCCAGAUGGAAAAAAGGAGUAGCCUCCAAUUUGAACGUCAUCGACAUGUCAAAAACCACUGAUAAAUCGCCGCAGCUCACGCCUUAUCCAAGUUGGGAAGCCAACGAUUUACACUCGACCGAGAAUGACGCAAUCGUUAGUAUUUUCCGCAUACGAGUCGACGCCUGCGAUCGCCUUUGGGGAGUCGACACCGGCAUCGAAGAUAUUCUGGGAGAUACCAAAGUCGUCAGACCGCCGAGGCUCAUUGUCAUCGAUCUCAACACGGACAAAAUACUGCUCACCUACACGCUGAAAGAUUCGGAUCAGAAAGCCGAGUCGUUCUUCGCCGACCUCGCCGUCGACGCGGACAAGGAUUCCUGCGAUGACGCCUACGCUUACUUAUCUGAUCUCGGUGGUUACGGCCUCGUUGUUUACAGCCUGGCGCAAAAUAAUUCCUGGCGUUUCCAUCACAAUUACUUCCACUUCGAUCCCUUGAACGGUGACUACAACGUCAGCGGCAUAAACUUCCACUGGACAGAUGGCCUGUUCGGCAUGGCCGUGUCGCCCAAGCGCGAGGACGGCAGCAAGACCCUGUACUUCCACGCCUUCUCGGCGAUCCGCGAAUUCUCCGUGCCCACUCACGUGCUGAAAAACGAGAGCCUCGCCGCGGCGGAAAAUUACAAUCUAUUCAAGCUCGAGGGUGUCAAGGGUGAUCUCACCCAGGGCACGUCCUCCGCCAUGGAUCUCAAGAACGGCAUCAUUUAUUUCGCCCAGAUCAACCGUCACGGCAUCGCCUGCUGGAACAUCAACAAGCCGCUCAGUCCGGAGACAUUCAGUCUAAUUUAUCAGAAUGCAGAAACGAUGGCUUUCCCGAAUGACAUAGCCGUGGAUCUGUCGAGCAGAAAAUUAUACGUUAUGGUGAGCAACGUGCCGAAAUUAAUGUACAACGAACUAGGUGACGAUAAUAAGUACACCGUGUUCACUCAGAGCCUCGAUGUGCUCGCUCAUCACUGCUAAUAUAAAAUAUUGCACAAUGGAGUGUUCCUGUGAUUUUUUUUCACUAUUAUGAAUCACCGAUUGGAUUCGCUAUGAACUACUUUUUCUUUCGAUUAUUUUGAUUAGUUUUAUAUAGUAAAGCAUUUGAUGCACAACGAAAAUUUACUCAACUACAUAUUAUAUGAUAAUUUAAUUUUUAAAAAUGUGAUAAGGCUUUUAUACGUUAUAAAGAUAUAGUAAAAUAAAAUUUUGCUAUAAACCAUGAA